AUGGUUGAUCUUGCCUCUAGCCUCGCCGGUAGUCUCUUGAAGAAAUUAGGCUCUCUAGUUUAUCAAGAGCUCUGCUUGGCAUGGGACGUCCAGAGCGACCUGCAUAAACUUGAGAGCACGAUUUCCACCAUAAGAUCGUGCUCUUGGAUGCUGAAGACAAAAGAUGUAGUAGAUGAAAUUGACUACAAAGCUUUAAGGAAGCAAGCGAUUACAACAUAUGGAAGCGUUAUGGCAAAGGUAUGCCAUUUCUUUUGUUCCUUCAUGGCACUUUCAUCCCGUCUAAAACUAGCUCACAAAAUCAAGGACAUUAGAGAGAGGUUAGAGGAGAUUAAUGUUGAAAAGGAUCAGUUUAAUCUUACUGAACGGCAUGAAGAGGUGCAUGUCGUGUCCCAGUGGAGGGAGAAGAUCCAUUCCUUUAUUGAUCCUUCAACGGUCAUUGGUAGGCAUGGUGACAAAAAAAUAAAAAUAAAAAGGAGUUUGAUGCACACAAAUCCCACAAGAAAUCUUAAUAUAAUUGCCAUAGUUGGAUUAGGAGGUAUGGGGAAGACCACACUUGCCAAGGCAGUUUACAAUGAUAGAAUCGUAGUUAAGCAUUUUCAGUUGAGAAUGUGGGUUUGUGUAUCUGGGGAUUUUAGAGUUACAAGAUUGGUGGAAGAAAUCCUUAAAUCUGCUGGUGGCAGAGUUGAUAAGAAUUCAAGUAAUGAAGACACAUUGCAGACUAAUUUGAGAGAACUUUUAAAGGAUAAAAGGUUUCUACUGGUCUUAGACGAUGUCUGGAAUGAAAAUAGAAAUAAAUGGACUGAAUUGAGACAUUUGCUUAAUGGAGGGUCCCAUGGAAGUGUCAUUGUUGUAACGACACGUAGUCGCAAGGUUUCUUCCAUUUUAGACCCUAUUUACACACAUUCUUUAGAAGGUCUAUCAAAAAAAGAAUGUUCGUCUUUGUUUGUGAAAUGUGCAUUCAAGGAAGGAGAAGACAAACUAUAUCCAAAUCUCUUACCAAUUGCGGAUGAAAUAGUGAAAAAGUGUAAAGGGGUUCCAUUGGCUGUGAAGAGUUUAGGUGGUCUACUUUAUUCAAAAGUCGAUGAAAGGGAAUGGGAAUUUGUGAGAGAUAACGAGAUCUGGGAAUUAGAAGAAAAUGAGGGAGGCAUCUUACCUGCAUUGCAAUUGAGCUAUAAUCAAAUGCCAAUUCAUUUGAAGAAAUGCUUUGCCUAUUGUGUUAAUUUCCCAAAGGAUUAUGAAUUCGAGAAUAUCAUCUUAAUUGAACAAUGGGUGGCAUAUGGAUUAAUCCUCCAAAUGUCUGCUAACAAAAAACAAGAGUUGGAAGAUAUUGGAGACUUGUACAUUAAAGAGUUAAUGUCGAUAUGUUUCUUCCAAGAUCUUGAUGAACAACAUAUUUGCGUGUAUUCCUUCAGAAUGCAUGAUCUCGUCCAUGAUCUUGUGCUCUCUAUUGGCCAUGAAGAGUGGUUGGAAAUAGACUCUGAAAAUAAAGACGUGGCCUCGACAGUUCGUCAUUUGUCAAUUUCAUCUAGUGACCAACAAGUUUCGAAGUUCUCGAACAAGUUAACUAAUGUGAGAAGCAUCAUGUACCGAAACGAACCACACGUGUCCUUAGUUGAAGCAUGCAUCUCAAGAUUCAAGUCUUUACGUGUGCUAGCUAUACCUGAUUCAGAUUUUGAGAAUUUGCCAAGUUCCAUUGGUACUCAAAAGCAUUUGAGAUAUCUCAACCUAUCUAAUAAUCAGUCAAUCAAGAAGCUUCCUAAUUCCAUUUGCAAGCUACACAAUUUGCAAACCUUGUUGCUUGGUGGAUGUGAGAACCUUGAACGACUGCCCAAAGAUAUGAGGAACAUGAUCAACCUUAGGUUUCUUACGAUAUCAACAAGAGAUACAUGUUUGCUUGAGAAUGGAGCGUUGCCAGAGUGGUUACCAACUCUGAAAUCACUUCAGACAUUGGAGAUCAUUGAAUGCAAUGAGCUAUCAUCUCUACCGGAGGGGAUUCAUCAUAUGAAAACAUUGAGAAAAGUGAAGAUUAAAGAUUGUCAUGAACUCGUUACACGUUUAGAAGACUGGUCCAACAUACCAGAGCUCGAACUCGAUUAUGAAGAUGAUCAAGAAGAUGAUGAGGAUUCUGAAAAAGGUGAAGAUGAUGAAGAAGAUGAUUAG